UAUCAAUGUUUACCAGCAUUAUGGAAUGUAAAAGUAGAAGCAUAUUGUAAUAGUGAGGAAAAGGCGAAACAGUAUGAAAUUCUAUUAGAAAUAUGCAAAGAGCGGCACCCUAGCGCAACAGUAGAAGAUGUAAAAAAAAAAAUUAAUGUUUUGCGGACAAAUUUUCGGCGUGAAAAACAACGUCUUGCUGAAAUAAGCAGAAGUGACGCAGGUUCCGAGGAAUCACUGGAGACAAAUCUUUUUUACUAUAAUGAAAUGGAGUUCUUAAGCGACAUGGAAACCCCAUGCUCAUCAAAGAGUAGCACUGGUAGUAAAAAUCUGUUAACGGCUACAAUAAAAAAAGAAGCAAAGAGGAAGCCAGAUGCUGCUGAAGCCUUGGUGGAAAUCGCCACAAAGCGGUUUUCAUCAAAAGAUAGAAAUAAAACUACAAUUAUUACGGAUUCAUGGGCAGUAAAGUUAGAGCGGAUGGCUCCUCAUCAAAGAAUUCUCUGUGAAAAAUUCGUAGAGGGCAUACUGUUUGAGGGCCAGAUGGGAACACUACAUAGGAAUUCCCUACAAAUAAAUGCAGGAUACCAUCCAAUACCCUCAGCAAUCAGCCACACGGGCGCACCAACACCAACAUCCAGAAGCAAUACUUCCACACCACUGGAAUUCCACAGCCAUAGCAGCAAUAGUGUAAACAAUGACAGUGAAUCGUCAGAAUCGAUUACACAAUUCUUCUCGACAUUCACCGAUUCUUAAAUAUUAUAGUAGUCAUAUCCUCAUAAAAA